GGAAAAGAAUAUUACUUCUCGGACGAAAUGGUCCUCAUUGAAGAAGCAGUUAGAAGAUGAUGAACGUUACAAAGCCGUUGAUCGAUCUUCAAGUCGUGAAAGUCUUUUCCGUGAAUACCAGGAUACACUGCCAGAAGAAUCUAAUUCAGAUAUUGAGGAGGAGAAUGACCGUCAAAAGCGUGUUGCUGCCGAGGCUGCUAUCGAAGAACGUAAGAAGGAGGUGGAAGCUGAGUUAGGUGAACAGCUAAAAGAAAGAAGUAAAGAGCAUGAAAAGCACAAAUAUCAGGAGCAUGAAGAAUCAUUUAAAGCUUUGCUGAUUGAUCUGAUAAAAUCAGCUGACUACACGUGGCAUGAAGCUCGCCGAAUUUUGCGGAAAGAUUCACGUUAUGAAAAUUGCGACCUUUUGGAAAAAGAUGCUAAAGAAAGGUUGUUUGAUGCACAUGUUCAACACUUGGAGAGGAAAAGACGAGAAGUUUUUUUCCAGUUAUUAAAUGAAACAAAAGAUAUUACACCUAGUAUGAAAUGGCGCGAAGCUAAGAAAAUUAUUGAGAAGGAUGAACGGUUCGCAAAAUUCAAUAUUAGUGAAAGGAAGACGGAACGUGACUACAAAGAGUGGAUGGAGGAGCGAAAAGAAGCCGUAAUGAAGGAUUUCAAAGAUUUAUUAAAAGAGACUAAGAUUAUCACGUACAAAUCUUUAAAAAUGAUACAAGAAAAUGAACAGCAUCUUCGUGACAUACUUGCUGUACUUGAGAAUGAUAAACGAUAUAUCGUAUUGAAUAAUGCUCCAGUAGAGCGGGAACGAUUGCUUGAGCAGUAUUUGGAAGAGUUAGACAAGAAAGGUCCACCACCACCACCUACGCAACAGGAAGCUGACAGACGUCGAAAGUAA